UUUUUAUCCAAUUGGAGUCCCAGUGUAAGAGGGGGAGUAUUGGAAUAGGAUACUAUACUCACUGUUUAACAGAGAGGUAUUUUUCCUUCCGGGGAAAUUUAUUUCAAUAAUGGCUAAAGGUCGGAAAUUGACGACGAGUCAGAGCGAGCGAUUACUCGGUAGCUAUAGCUACAGUCAUAGCCAAGGCAACACCGAGACAGACUCAUCGGAACUGGGCGAAGAGGAUGUUUGGCCGAUGCCGGAUCGCGUGGAGACGGACCGGGAGGAUUUCGGGGAAGAGAAUUCGUUGCCCUGUGUUGGCGGAGGGAGAAAUAGUCACGGAGAGAUUCCGGUGAGGACGGGGAGUGGGGUUCCUCGUGAGCGACACGUAGGAGGAUUAUCGCUGGCAUUUGAAGAUCCGGACAGGAUGGCAUCGGCGAGAAUCGUGCAUCGGUUUCGGGGGCACGACACGGUGGCGUCUCCACGAGGGCGGCAGAUGGCUACGUCAGCGCCCGUGAACGUGCCGGAUUGGAGCAAGAUUCUUCGAGUGGACUCGGUUGAUUCGCUACACGAGUUGGACGAGCCGUUGGAUGACCCGGAUUCGGAGAUUGUUCCGCCACAUGAGUACUUGGCCAGAAGUCGAAAAAAGAACGCCACUUCGGGUUUCGUCGGUGUCGGGCGGACCCUGAAGGGCCGGGAUAUGAGACGGGUCCGGGAUGCGGUUUGGAGACAGACCGGGUUCGAUGGCUAAAAUUAAAAAAUCAAAUCGUCAUUAGGAGCGAGAUUCAUGACUAUUAAUUCCAGAAUUGAAGAUCAACCAAGGAUUAAUUAAUAUUGUGAAAAUGGGAUGAAUUCCUUUUUUUCCUUGGAUCGCAGUUGACUCGGUUAAUCGGGUAAACCCGGUGGCAACUCAUCCUCCCAGAUUUCCAAGUAUGAUUAUUAUUAUUUUUUUAUAUAUAUAUAUAUAUAAAAAAUCUAAUUCAAGAACUGCCCGACCGGCGGCCGGAAUGGAAUUUGAAAAUCAACCCAUCUCUUUUCA